AUGAGGUCACAUUCACCAUCCGGGGCCACCUCUACUAAUAAUUACUACGCAUCCCGGCCGUCAACUUCAUCCUCGCCAUCCUCGCCCUCUUCCCCACCAUUGCUCAGCAAGCACAACCUCGAGACAGCUGCUCCUCGCCCCCGACAACGCACCCGCGCCUCCUGCCUCUGCUGGCUCGCCCUCAUCACAGCCACCGUGCUCUCCACGAUGCUUGUCCUGCGCACCCUCCUCGCGGCCGCCGCCGCGCCGUGCGCCGUCUCCGCCGGCUGCUACCACGGCUUCCACAGCGCCUUUAGCUUCGACGCCGCCGCCUCGCACCAGCCGUCGUGGAUGGGCGGCCUGCGCAACGACACGCUCCUCACGAGCCUCAGCGUGCCGGGCACCCACGACACCAUGACGUACGCCAUUGGCAGCGACGUCCUGCAGUGUCAGAACCGCAACCUGACGGUGCAGCUCGCCGCCGGCCUGCGCUACUUUGACAUUCGCGCGCGCGUCCGCGACGACGCCCUGCACAUCUACCACGGCGACGGCGACACGGGCUUCAGCUACCAGGACGUGCUCCUCGAGCUCUUUGCCUUUCUCGCGCAGAACCCGACCGAGGCCAUCGUCAUGCGCCUCAAGCAAGAAGGCGCGCCACUCGGCGACCACAACACCCUCACCUUUGAGCAGGCCUUCAACUACGCCUGGCACAACUCGAGCAUCACCGCCAAGCAGGCCGCCCAGCACAUGUACGCGUGGGACCCGGCCGCGCCGCUGCCGACGCUCGGCGACCUGCGCUCCAAGAUUUUCGUGCUGCAGAACUUCCCAGCCGACAGCAACGGCCCGGCCAACAAGUACGGCAUCGCCUGGGAGGGCGAGCAGAUGGUGCUCGAGGACCUCUACAUCAUCCCGGACGUCGCCCACCUCAAGGACAAGUGGGCCGCCAUCCGCGACGCCCUCACCAAGGCCGCCACCGACAAGCAGGACAACAAGGCCCUAUACCUCGCGCACAUUUCGGCGAGCGUCGGCGUCUUGCCCAUCGAGGCGGCCGCGGGGCCCAAGAACAGGACCGUGGCCGGCAUGAAUGACGAGACGGGCCGCUGGCUCGAGGCCGGUGACCAGAGCGGCCGCACGGGCGUCGUCAUUUUCGACUUUCCCGGCAAGAGGGGGAUUGACGCCGUCUUGGCGCGCAACGCUGCCUACAGGGCGUGA